AUGGAUUCUCUCCGCGUUUGCGCUCUGUGCGUCGUGUUCAUCGCCGUCGCCAAGGCUUUUACGCACCAGGAUAUGAAGGACGCGCUGCUCCAGAAACUGGGUCUGGACGAGAUUCCCAACAUUGUCAAGAGGGAUUUGGAGAAUCUAAUUAUUCCGUCUCACAUCAAGAGCAAAUACACGUCCAUGCUGAAGCUGCAUCACAGCAGAAAGCGCAGAUCGUUGCCAAGUCUGGCAGGCAUUCUGAGAGGCAUUCCUGGCAAUGCAGAUAUCUCCGGGGAGUACGUAUAUUCUGACACUGCGCGUCAACGCAUGGUGUUCGAGAUGGACGCGCGGAUCCCGGCCAACAGCGAGGUCACCAUGGCCGAGCUCAAGCUCUACAAGAAGGCCCCCCACCACGCACGCCCCGCCGGGGGGGACAGGAAAGCCCACCGGCCCGUCAACAACGCCCGGGUCAGCGUCUACUGGGUGGACGUGUUGCCCAACGGCGCCAACCGCACGUCUCUGGUCGACUCACGGUUGAUCCCAAUCCACGAGACGGGCUGGAAGAGCUUUGAUGUGACCCAGGCGGUGCACUAUUGGUCCAAGGCCCAGAGGAAAACACCUAUGCACCUGGAGGUGUGGAUCGAGGGCGAGAGACCCGGCAGUUACGCGGCAGAAAUGGCCAAGAGUGUCCACUUUACCACCCAGGAGCAGGCCGGCAACACCCUGGGCAAGCCGGAGCUCAUCCUGUACACACUCAACCUCGAAGAAUAUGGUUCUCGUGGCGACUGCGAUUCCAAUCAAAACAAAGACACGUGCUGCAGGGAACAGCACUUUGUAAAUUUCCGCGCGCUGACCUGGACGCAGUAUUGGAUCAUAGAGCCCGCGGGCUACCAGGCGUUCAGGUGCACGGGAGGCUGCAAGCAGCCCCGCCGCAACUACAACGGCUACAGCUACGGGGAGAGGCGCUGCACCGUGGCGGAGAGCGCGCCCCUGCCCAUCAUGUACCUGGUGAAGAAGGGCGAGUACACGGAGAUCGAGGUUGCCGAGUUCCCCAACAUGAUCGUGGAGCGGUGCGCCUGCACCAUGGACAAUGUGUCCAUGGUGUGAUGAUGAUCGGCGGUGGUGGUGGUGGUGAUCGAUGAGGAUAGUAACCAAACCAAAGAUAGUACUUUUCUAUUUAAAUUGGGAUGAAGUGAUUGGGAAGGGGGAUUUGGGGACGCGCCAGCUCGGCUACUGCUGCUGCAACGAACUGGCCAAGCACGU